GAAAUCCAUUCACAAGCCGAGCGUCGUGUUGAAAAGUCGUCUCAGUUUGCAUGCUAUUUCUGAGUUCUGAAACGUAUGUUCUACUACUACUUGCGUAGUUUAAUAGUUAAUGCAGUGCUAAUCAGUAGAUUACUAAGAAAACUUGUUUGUUGUAAGUUGAUAAGAUUCAAAUAUAAAGAAUUUUCGAUUGCAUAUAAAACAAAAAGGAAAUCACGAAUACCUACAGUCGAGUUUAUACAGAAGUUUGCAAUUGCGCCUGGUCGAUUUUGGCAACCUUACCAUAGCGUAGCAGAAAACUCUUUACCGUUGCGAGUAAGUGGGCUUACACUUUAUAGGAAGUAUAUAAGGUAUUAACACAUAAAACAAGCCGGACUCGCGCUGUGCUCAAUCUGCAGGAACUCUUAUGGAGAUUACAAUGGGCAGAAUGUGCCGACGAACUUGCUUGCUAUUUCUAAUUCUGUUCACAUUCGAAUUUUUGGAUUUAACAAAAGCUGAUGAGUCGCAGCCGAUUAGAGAUCUUAGUGAAACAUUGAAAUCAGUUAUCUAUUCGCUGAAUCUUAUAGAAAACAAAUUGAUGCGACACGAAUGGCGUGAGAGAGCACUGGGAGAGUUGUUGAAAAAAGGACAGAGAAACAUCGUGGCUUCACUUCAUGACAUAGAUUUGCGAUUAAGGCAAAAUGAAUUACUUUUGAAAAAACCAGAAGUACACUUCGACGCUCCCUACUACGAUCAUUAUAAACGUCUAGUAUCACCAUCAAGUUAUCCUAUGGACGCAGCUAAUCGGAAAAUGUUACUGCCACAGCAAAUGCCUGCAUCAGGAGGACUAAUAAAAGAAACAGAGGAGAAUAAACCAGAAAUAAGCGAACAAUUAACUCAAAUAUCGGCAAAUAUUGAGAUUCUUUUGGAUACCUCCAGACAAUUAAUCGCGCAGAAGGUCGCGUGUAAGCAACAAUCGGAACCGAAGGAGCAACUGCCACCAAGUAUCGUCGUUGAAAAAGCGGCAGAUAAUAGCACAAAUAUAAGUGAACAAAUAAUGAAAAUAUCAACGAAUGUGGAAAAUCUUUUAGACACCUCAAAUUAUAUAAUGCAACAGGCGUCGCUUAGACGCUCGCCAAUCCCUACGAUAAACAAUGAGUUCGAAAACAAAUUGCUUAUGAAAUUCGACGAGUUAGCGGCUGGUGUUCAAGAGUUGCGAGUACAAGAUAAAAGCAAAAAAGAAUAUGCGCUUGCAAAUGUAGACAGAGAAUUAAUAUACGGACUAACAAAUGACACCCUUAGCGCAAUUGAAAAUACAAAGACCAUACUAAAGAGUAAUGCAGAUAGAGUUUAUUCGGAUAUUACGACAAUCAUCAAGCUAACCGCGGAAACAAAUCGUAGAGACGCGGAUAGAAUUUUGAAGGACACCGACAGACUUACAUAUUGGUUGGGCAAUAUUUACGAGAUAAUUAGUGCCAAUCCCCCCGAAAAUUCGAAUAAAAGUGACGAGGUUUUGUGUAAAUCGAAAACUGAACUCCAAAACAACACGGGAAAUGGAUAUUCAACGCAGUUUAAUGACUUACUUGACAAACAGCGGGAGGAGAUCGUCAAUAAACUGGUAAUAUUUUUAAAAGAAUUAGAGAAUAGCUUCUACCGCACCCAAACGGAAGCAAUGGACAAUCUUAAGAGCACAAUAAAAAGUGAAAUCAGCUAUAUUUGGCGACAAAUCUCGAUUACGAAUGGCGACAUUACGAACACUGCUGAGCUUCUACGUCAAAUACGCAGUCGUAGUGAGGUAUUCGUCAAUAGUGUUUUACAAAGCAUCGUUUCAACAGGUGAUAAGGUCGAGGACAUUAAAGGACGUAUGUCGGAUAUCCAUACAAAUCAAGACUAUCUUCUGGAAAAUUUAUUUCUGUUAUCUCAAAAUAUUGAUGUAAUCAAGGAAAAGGUCUCUAACACGCAAGAAUAAUAAUUGUUUGCCUAUUUUCAUAAUCUCAAAAUCAAUAUAUAUGUAUGUAAAUAUAUAAAUAUAUAUACAA